AUGUCUGUGGUCAAGUCUAUAGAAUUAGUGCUACCCAAAGAUGAAGUCUACCUGGCCGGCUCAAACAUAGAUGGGCAGGUGGUUCUCACCCUCAACAGCACCCUGAUAGACCCCAUCGUGAAAGUAGAGCUGGUCGGUCAUGGUUACGUUGAGUGGAAUGAAGAAGUCGGGGAGACCCGAGAUUAUAGCCAAGAUGUUAUCUGUAAUAACAAGGCAGAUUAUGUGCAUAAGACGAAGACAUUCGCAGUGCUGGAUAAUUGGUUAAGCGCAGGCAGCCACACCUUUGACUUCCAUUUCAACUUACCUCCCAGGCUCCCGUCCACCUUCACCAGCAAGAUUGGCCAUGUUUCCUACUUCUUGCAGGCCCUGUGCAUGGGCCGAGAAAACAUCUUGGCUAAGAAGAGGCAGUACCUGAUGGUCCAAGGGAUUUCCGAAUUUCACCAGCGGAACCUAAAACAGAACCCACUGUUGGUGAAGGUAGAGAAGAAGGUGACGUACAACUGCUGCAGUGAGGGCUGGGUGAGCUUACAGGUACAGAUGGACAAGAAUACGUUCGUGCCAGGCGAGAAAGUGACACUCACGUCAGAGAUCCAAAACCACACCGGCAAGCACAUCAAGACAGUGGUCCUCGCCCUCUACUCCCAUGUGCAGUACGAGGGCUUCACCCCCAACGCCGAGCAUCGCUGGAGGGCGGACAGCAGUGAGCUGCUGCGACAGGUGGCCAGUGCCCACAUCGCCGCCUUCAGCAGCACAAAGGUGGUCAGCGCCUUCAACUUACCGCUGGUGCUGUCAGUGAGCAACAGCUCCCAGGAGAACGAGAUCAUGAGCACCAGCUAUGAGCUGGCAGUCACCAUCCACCUACCCUGGUCCCUGUCUACUGUCAAAGCCCGGGUCCCUAUCAUCAUCACCAGCAAUGGGGCCGGGGGGCUGGACAGCUUCCCCCAGGGAGAUGAACUCCGCAGUGAGGAUUAA